AUGGCUGAAAUAGACCGAUCUGAGGAUGGACUUCCUAGUCUCGACAACAUUUACCACUCUACCAGACAGUCUAGCAUGCCAGAAACUGUUGGUGCAUCACGUUCAGCUAAAAACAACUGUCACAAUAUCGAUGAUGAGCAAAGUGCGGAAUUUAUAAAUACUUGCAUAUUCAUUUCUCUCUUUCAUUCUGAGAUUAUAUUAAUCAAUAAGGUGAACAAAAUGAAAGCUAGUGACAGGACUGUUGCGAGUAUGAGACCUGCGAAAAGUUUCAGCGAUAAUCAGGCCCCAAUCAACAGUUUGGAUUUCAGUGCGGAUGGUUUACAAAUGAUUUCAUCUUCCGAUGACGACUCAAUUAUUAUGUAUGAUUGUGUUAGUGGACAGAAAAGUCGAUCGGUAAACAGUAAGAAAUAUGGUGUAGAUUUGAUACAAUUCGCACACAAUACAUCAAACGCUAUACACUGUUCCACAAAAGUUGAUGAUGUUAUUCGAUACCUAUCAUUACAUGAUAACAAGUACAUCAGGUAUUUUCCUGGCCAUCAAAAGAAGGUAGUGACAUUAUGUAUGUCUCCGCUAGACGAUAUGUUUCUCUCUGGUUCUUUGGAUAAAACAAUUCGUUUAUGGGAUUUACGAAUACAAAGUUGUCAGGGGUUGAUGCACGUACCUUCAAGACCUGUCGCCGCUUUUGACCCGGAAGGUUUGAUAUUUGCAGCAGGGAUCAAUUCUGAUACAAUCAAAUUGUAUGAUCUGCGGUCAUUUGAUAAAGGACCGUUUACGACUUUUAAGGUGGAAAAUGAAGCAAAAGAAGACUGGACAGGUUUGAAGUUUUCUCCUGAUGGUAAAAUGAUUAUGAUCACAACGAAUGGCUCUUCGGUUACUCUUAUUGAUUCCUUUAAAGGAACAUUAAUUCACGUUCUAAGAGGUCACGAGAAUAGUAAAGGCAUUGAACUGGAUGCAACAUUCUGUGCUGACGCACAAUAUGUAUUCAGUGGCUCCACAGAUAGCAGUAUAGUAUCAUGGUCUGUUACAACCGGCCAAAGAGUUGCAAAGCUUGCCUCAGGACAUUCUCCUCUUAUUCAUAAAAUAUUAUUCAAUCCACGAUUCUUUAUAAUUUGUGGUUACCAACAGAGGAAGAAUGAGUUUUUGUGCAAUCUGGGUAGUGUACUAUCAGCUUUAUGUUAUUCGGUUUGGCUAACCAAUCCAAGACCUGUAUUUCAUAUGGAAAGAACGAAGGAGUGUCAUUCUCAACCAUUACAAUCAUUGUGCUAUAGCUUCGAUUAUCGCGUGGCACAAAUGUUGUGA